UGUUUCACAACCUUCACUGUGCUGUUUUUGCCAAAUAGUAUCGUAUAAAACAUAUGAAUUCAUAAUAUAAAAUGACAAAACAGGUAUUUAAUUACACCCUCUGUGAAAAGUUAAUGCCAAUAUAGGAAAUUAAAAGCAACUCAAAGUCUUCAGUCACACAUAUUGCCUGCUGAGUUCUGUGUAGCGCCACGAUUUUAAGCGUUAAAACUACAACAACAAAAUGGUCGACCCGCUGUGUAAUUACAAUGUAUUAGAGUCAAUAUUCUCAUAUCUAGAGCUUAAUGACUUGAGUCGAUGUUCGCAAGUUUGCAAAAGUUGGUAUCACUUCCUCAACGAUGAGAAUAGCGAUGUAUGGCGAUGGCACUGUCUACGCAAACUGCCCAAGGAGUCGGUAAAGUCUGAGCUCCUUUCAUCGGUGUCCACAUACAAGACGAAACUGCGAGCCUAUCUGCAUGCAUGGAGUCCCAACGAUUGCUCACGCAAUGUCUACAUUAAGCCCAAUGGAUUUACUUUGCAUCGCAAUCCAGUGGCACAAAGUACGGAUGCGGCGCGGGGUAAAAUUGGAUUCCGACAAGGGCGACAUGCUUGGGAAGUGAUUUGGGAGGGACCACUAGGCACAGUAGCUGUCAUUGGGAUUUCCACCAAGGAGGCGUUAUUGCAGUGCCAUGGCUAUGUGGCGUUACUAGGCUCCGAUGAUCAAAGCUGGGGCUGGAACCUGGUUGAGAAUCAUCUGUUGCACAACGGCGAUAUGCAGGGCAGUUACCCGCUUUUAAAUAAUGCACCCAAAUAUCAGGUUGGCGAACGCAUUCGCGUCAUACUUGACUGCGAUGAUAAUACUCUAUCAUUUGAGAAGAACUACGAGUUUCUGGGCGUAGCGUUUAGAGGCUUGCCAGACAAGAAGCUUUAUCCUACGGUAUCUGCUGUCUAUGGUAAUACUGAGGUGUCAAUGGUCUAUUUGGGCACACCAUUGGAUGGUUAACUAUUAGAGCACAGAUGCAGCCUUAAUGCCGUACAAUUUGUAAAAUAAAUGCAAUUUAUAAGUAUACAUCUAUAUAUAUUAUUCAUUUAGAUUUUCCCUUCUCAGUUCUAAGAUUGUGCAACACAUACACACACUUACACAUUAACAUUCCAAUCGAUCUAGUUUCUAGUUUUCUUUUGUACAAAAAAUGUAUGCAUUUUGUUGAUUUUAUAUACGCCAAAGUUAAAAUCACAGCUAUUUGUUCGAUGUACUAAUUAAGUUUAAUUGUACGAAACAAAUAAAUAAGUAGUUGUAAUUUCAUACAAUGAACUGCUUAAAAUAGGAA